AUGGUAUGUCAAACUAACAACCUCAGGCUCUCCGAAAACGCUCACCUCCUCCAACCACCUGUAAACAACUACUGUGUCUACCACCCUUCCACCCCCGCUACAAAGGGAUACACCGUAAUGGUCGUUGGCGGGCCCAACAUCCGCACAGACUACCACAUCAACUCCACCCCCGAGUUCUUCUACCAACACCGCGGCUCCAUGCUUCUCAAAACCGUCGACCCAAGCACCUCACCCCCAACGUUCCAAGAUAUACCCAUCCAUGAAGGCUCGCUAUUCUUGCUGCCAGCGAACACGCCACACUGCCCCGUGCGUUUCGCGGAUACGGUGGGGAUAGUCGUGGAGAUGCCGCGGCUUGACAUGGCGGAGGAUGCAAUGAGAUGGUAUUGUACUGGUUGUAAAGGGGUGGUGUGGGAGAAGAGGUUUUUUUGUACGGAUUUGGGUACGCAGGUUAAAGAGACUGUGGAGGAGUUUAUGCGGGACAAGGAGAAGAGGACGUGUGGUGCGUGUGGGAAAGUGGCGGCAGUGAAGCAUGCGGAAGGGCAGGUGGUGCAGCCUCCGAGAUUUCCGGAGUGA